AUGGCAAGUGGCUUCGUCCGUCUGGAGAGCCAUGCUGGCUGCCGCGCAAACGGCCAGUGGGGCACGGUAGGCCUUCAAGAUCCCGCACGAAGCGGCGAGCGCACCGAAGCCCCGAACCAAAACCGGGGCAGACCAGCCGAGCCCGAAAAGGGCAAAGGCAAAACCGGCCCGAGUGCGGGCCGCCCCGCCUCGGAGUCGGGGAGCCGAAGCCCCCGACGCGGGGAGAAGGGAGCAGGGAAGCCCACCAAGGGCAAGCCUGCCAAGGGAGCUGCGCAGCCCGCAAAGGGCACGGCAGCACAAGCAAAAGGAGCAGAGCAGCCCGCAAAGGGCAAGCCAGCUCCAGCAGGCAAGUCCGGCAAGGGCAAGCCUGCGACCCAAGAGCCUGAACAGGGUUCUGGGAAAAAGAAGAACCACCGAGGUGGUCGUUCCCAAGCGGCCCGCGCCAACCGCGAGGCCCGCGGCGCUGAAAGGCGCGAAAGAGAGGGUACAGACCCGGUCGUCCUCGUAGAGGGCCCGGGGACUGAUAUCCCAGAGCCGCGCACUCCGGAGCAAGCUCCUGCGGGUGCCGGCCAGGAGAUUCAGAGCCCUAGCUCGGAAUCCUCCUUGGACACCGCGGCGGUGCCCAAGGCGCCAGUCUUCACAGGCCCCGCGCCUGGCGAGGACACUCCAGACUUCGGGGGAAGCAACUCCGAAGGAGAGCGGGAAGCCCCGCCCACUGCUGCUGCAGCUUCUUCCUCUAGCGGGGUCGCCCUUGCUAAGAAGGAAGAGCCGGCAGAGCGGGUUGCCCCGCCUGUCUCCGCAGAGGCGGCCGUAGAGCCAGCCGAGGAGGAGCAAGCAGCCCCGGCGAGUGGACCCACUGAGGCCACCCCGGAGGCAGAGCCGAAGGCCCUACCAAGAGGUGCUCCGGCAGCCAAAGCACCGACGGUAAAGGCUGCGGUACCUCCCGCGCCUCGGGAGGAAGCUCCGGAGCAGGAGCAAGAGCCCACCUCGCCGGCCGACGAAGGUGAGGAAGAGGAGUCCGAAGAGGAGAGCUCCGAGAGCCAAGGGCCGUGCCAGUUUCUCAACGGACUCAGGCACGCGGCUCGCAACAGGCCAGCGACUCCUUGGGAAGGCAACCCAAGGCUGGCAGAGCAGUACGGAGAAGCCUUGACCUUGCUGGACGAGAUCAGCCAGGCUAUCUUCGCUGCGAUUGGCGAGUUGUCGGCCCAGAGACAACAGGGCCUAGCUGCAGCAGCCGCCACGGUGGCAGCCGCUACGGCGGCACCCGCCCCUGCGCCCGCGCAGGCGAGCGGUGGAGGGCACUUGCUCAAGAGCAUGCGUCUCCCUACCUCCUUUAAGGGGCGGGACGAUCGGGAGCGCUUUGCCUUUCAGGCAGAGUCUUACCUGGCGGUCGUGGACACCAGGUAUCCAGCAGAGCUGGAAAUAGCUCGAAAGUGCAAGGCGCCACUCCAAAUGGCAGCCAUGACCGAGGAAGUGCGGACCCUCAGCGUCCGCCUCUUCGGCAUGCUGGGCAGCUGGACCCAGGACUCCGCCACAGCUGUAAAGCUGGCGCGCGGAGUGAAGGGCCAAAAUGGGUUCGAGCUCUGGCGUCUCCUGUGGCAGGAGCAUAACCCAGAGAACGAGUCCAAGAACCUCACCUGGAGGCGGACCCUGCUGAUGCCGAAGUUCCCGCCAAAGGAGAAUGUGGACCGCUACGCCUCCGAGUAUGGCGCAGGGCGCGCCCUAGCAGACGAGGAUCUGCGGGCAGUGCUGGUGACCGAGAGCCCCAACGCUCUUCGGCAACACCUCGCUAUGCACGCGGCGAGUCUUUCGACUUACGCCGAGGUGAGGGAAGUAGUGGUGAGCUACUUGCAAGCCAAAAGGGUCUGGACCCCGAGUGCGGGCUACGCCGCCUCUUCCCGAAGGGAUCCCAACGCCAUGGACAUUGGCAGAAUAGGGGACCGAGACGGAAAAGAAGGGAAGGGCAAAGGCGACAAAGGCAAGAAAGGGGACAAGGACCACAAAAAGGGCAAGGGCGACCACGACCACAAAGGCAAGAAAGGGGACAAAAAGGGGAACCAGCAAGGAGGCAGAGACGGCAAGGAGAGAUGCCCCAUCUGCUGGAAAACGGGGCACACCGUGGCCGACGACGCGGCCACGACGUUGUCAACAGCCUCCUUGGCGACUGCGGGUCCCUCCGCGUCCCAAGCUGGGGGAAGCACCGGCGGCUCUGGCGGCAAAGGCCAGGUACGCCAGGUGCGUGACGACCGCAUCUUAGGUGUGCGGUUUGCCCCGCCUCACGACACCGAGCCAGAAGAGGAAAAGAUCCUCAAGGUGUCGGGGAGUCUUCUUGUGGACUCCGGGGCGUGUGUGUCCGUCUGCAGGCCCGAGGCGUUUCCCGACCUGCAGCCCGCGGGCCCACCAAAGAGCCUUUACUCGGUGGACAACAGCCGCCUGAAAACAAAGGGCCGUGUCCAGCCGAGCCUCCUCUUAGGGGAGGAGCGUCAGUCCUGCAAGGUCAACUUUGAGGUGACCGAGGACAUAGAGGACGAAAUCCUCAGCAUCAGCCGUGCUGUUGAGGCCGGUGCGGGCAUUUGGCUCCACCGAGAGGACAGCCACAUUUUGUGGCCCGACGGCGUCCGAGCCUCGAUCCUCAAGAGAGGGUCACAGUUCCUCCUACCCUACGAGCGGGAGCUCCCGCCGGGGUCAACAAACCGGGUGGCACCGGUGGCGGCAGAGCCACCGAGCCCAGGCAAGGACCUGGGACACUACGACUACAUCCCGGAGCACGACCUCGAAGCUCGAGAGGUAGAGGACGCGGCGAUGGAAGCAGCAGCCGACGAGGAGGCCGAAGCUGCUGAAGAGGAGGAGGCUGCGGGUAACCCCGCCCCUCUAGAGGAGCAGGCCGAGCAGCCUGCGCAGGAACGCGCCGAGCACGAGCUCACUCACACGCCCUACCAGGCGUGGUGCGAGAAGUGCGUGGAGGGAAAGGCGCGCGAGGACCCUCACCGCCGCCGUGAGCCCUCGGAUGAUCCGGUGACGCCGCUUGUCACCAUGGAUUAUCAGUUCUACAGCCGGGACGGGAAAGAAGUUGAGGAAGAAGCGUCGCUUGCCACGGUGCUGAACCUCACAGACAGGGCCACUGGCUGGACUCUGUCGGUUCCCGUGGCGCACAAGCACGUGGCCUGGCUGCAAGCCCGGUUCGGGACCAAGUCGACAGACGGGGUGACACCAUAUAGGGCAGCCACCGGCACAGACUAUGGUGGAGCACUUUGCUCCUUUGGGGAGACCGUUGUGGCGAAGCUCCCAAGGCCCGGGAACAAAGCGCAGGUGCGCUGGGUCAAAGGGGUCUGGGCCGGCAAGCUGGAGCGCGACGACUCCCACGUGGUGCUAACCGAAGCUGGCGCACUCAACGUGAGGAGCGUCAGGCGACUCCCGCCGGAGACCCGGCACCAGACGGCAGCCGUUCUCAAAGCGUGCGGCCUGCCUUGGAACCCCAGAUUUGGCCGCUCAGCGCCAGCAGAGCGCAGCGAGCCGAUGAUGGUUCCAAUCCCUCUGGCCACGCCGGCCGAGGAAACGGAGCGGCUAGAACCACCCGGUGAGCCCUGGCUCUUCAGCGACGGGCCGCGGCCCGACGACGAGGCCCUCUUAGUCGAAGGGGCCGAGCAGGCCAGCAGGCUCCCGGACGCCAGCCCUACCGAGGAGCUGGCCAACGCAGAAAUACCGGAAUACGAGCCGUCCGACGUGGAGGCUGCACCUUCCGCAGCAAGCGCGCUGCCGCAACAAGCGGCAAGCCCCGCCCCAGCCGCCAACGACGGCUCAGGCGAAGGGGGGCAGAAGCGCGACUCUGCGGGUUCCUCCGCGAGCGCAGCGGCAGCACAGCAGCCGCCUGCAGCAAAGAGCCGGGUGGAGCCCAAGAAGGCACCACGGCUAGGAGCGCUCACGGAGCGCGAGGUGUGGCAGCACAUCGCUGCCUUAGCCGACCCGCCGCUCACCAACCACCAAGGCGAGCGGGACGCGUGGGUCGGGCAGGUGACAGACCUGCUAGACCGGAUGCUCGACCCCAAGCAGGUCGAGCAAGCACGCAAGGAGCAGCUGAGAAAGCUGUGGGACCGAGGCGCUUUCACGCCUGUGCUGCGGUCUGAAGUACCGCGCGGGGCGCAGCUGUUCAGGGCAAAGUGGGUCGACAAGUGCGACAAAGGACGGUACAAGUCAAGGUGUACCUGUGCCGACGUCAAGGCCCGCUACAGCCCAGAACAGGAAGCUGGCUUGGACGUUUUCGUCCCAACGCCAACGCCCGAGAGUCACUCCCUACUUGAGGUAGCAGCGCUACACAACGAGGGGUGGGUCACAAGGUCUCUGGAUAUUGUAGCCGCCUUCCUCAUAGGGAAGGACCGCGGUGCGGCGGAAGGCCGCCCGGUCUACAUGCACGCGCCUGUGGAGUGGCGCGAGCUCUUUGACCAAUGGGUCUUGGAGCAGCCUGUAAAGGACCAGCAGUGGUACCGAGACCACUUCCGGGACUUUGUGUUCCGAGUGGACGGCAACCUUUACGGCUGGUUCCGUCUACAGGGACGAGUAUGCCGAACAGCCAAGAUGGACACGGAAGCCGAUUGGGCAUACACGAACGCGGACUCCCGAGCUUGA